AUGGGCGGAUAUCAAGGUCAACCAAGACCCAUGGGAUUUCAUAACAAUUUCAACCCAAAUUGGAGGAAUAACCAAAACAACCCUUAUCCACCAAAUAUUUUGAUGAGACCCCAACAUCCACAAUACCAAUCCCAAAAACCUCCAUAUCCACAAAAUUCUUAUAACCCUCCAAAUUACCAACAACCUCCACAACAAGGCCAAUCAAGUGGUACCCAUCAUAUGAGCCUUCAAGAACUUUUCACUUCACUUGCUCAAAGCCAAACCCAAUUUCAACAAGAAACCAAGAAUACUUUCUCCAACAUUCAAGCACAAAUUGGAGACUUGGCAACCGCUCUCAACAAGAUAGAACAAAUGGGUAAACUUCCAUCACAAACCAAGAAGAACCCCAAUGUGAGUGCCAUCACCUUGCGAAGUGGGAAAACACUUGGAGAAAGUCAACCUAAAAGAGUUUCAAGAGAAGACGAAGAUGAAGUGAUCAUUGUGGAAUCUCCAAAAGUUGUAGUUUCUCCAAAGGAACCGGUUGUGCCAAACGUUGAUCAACCCGACUCUUCCAACAAACCCAUCAAACCAUUGGUCAUACCACCUCCAUUCCCUUCCUGGUUAGCCUUUUCCAAGAAGAUAGAGGAAGAAAAUGAAUUAUUUGAAACUUUUCGCAAGGUCCAAAUCAACAUUCCACUAUUGAAUGCUAUUAAGCAAAUUCCAAGUUAUGCAAAAUUCCUCAAGGAUUUAUGCACCAAGAAGAGAAAACUCAAGGCAAAUGAAAAGAUUCAAGUCAAUGCAAAUGUGUCUGCGGUUAUCCAAAAGAAGUUACCUCCCAAAUGCAAGGAUCCGGGAAUAUUUUCUAUCCCUUGUACCAUUAGUGAUUUGCAUGUCGAAAGUGCCAUGCUAGAUCUUGGAGCCUCGAUCAAUGAGAUGCCAUAUUCGGUUUUUCAAUCUCUCAAUGUUGGACCUUUGGAAGAAACUGGAGUAAUCAUUCAAUUAGCAGACAAGUCAAGUGUGUCUCCAAGAGGAGUGUUAGAGGAUGUGUUAGUACAAGUUAAUCAACUUGUUUUUCCGGCGGAUUUUUAUGUCAUUGAUCUUGAAGAGAAGACUCCUUCCAAAUCAUCUAUGAUCCUCCUUCAUACUGCUCACACAAUCAUUGAUGUCCAUAAAGGAAAGAUAACUAUGGAGUUUGAUGGAGAAACCAUUCACUUCAACAUCUUUGAAGCAAUGAGGUACCCUAGCAACAUUUCUCCAUUGUAUCGGGUUGAUGUGAUUGAACCAAUAAACGUGAUAAGACCUAAUGUAUGCACAAACAAGAUACUCAUGGCAGAUAAUUGCAAGCCUAGGAGAGAGGCUCAAAGAAGAUUAAAUUCUCCAAUGAUAGAAGUGAUCAAGAAAAAGAUAAUUAAAAGAUUCAAAAGGUGA